AUGGGCCUUACAAGAAGAGAUCUUGAUGAGAUCGCUGGCAUUGUGGAAUCAAAAAUUAAAAAUAUCAUGAACGAUGAUAAUUUGCAGAAGUUCGCUGAUAAAAUUAUAAGUAAUAUCUCGAGAAAGUAUGAUGAAAUCAUUUCAGACCUGAAGUUGGAGAUGGAAGAACUCAAAAACAACAAUAAAAAACUUGCACUAGGCAAUGAUAAUCUAGAACAACAAGCAAGACUGAAAAACAUUCGAAUAUUUGGUAUUCAGGUUAAUGAAUCUGAAAAUCUGAGAAGUGUAACUCUCAAAAUCAUUCAGGAGAAGCUGAAAAUAAAAUCAGUAAAUGAUUCAGAUAUUACAAAAUAUCACAGAAUUCCCAGCAGAAAUAUAAACAAUGAUGGCUCAAAACCUCCUAGUCCACCUGCUGUUUUGAUGAGUGGAUCAGAAUGGCUACCAGAUGAAGAACAGGAACAAGAACAAUGGGAUGUCCUAUUUGGAGAUCCAAAAAUUUCAUCCAUAUCAUCAGAGCAUGCAUCGACAUAUAAAACAGGAAAUGGGACCUCAACCAAUUGCCUGCUCUUACCAAAAGGCGCAAAAAGUGAAAUUUGGGCAGUCAAAACGAGCGCUUCGGUGGAACGUCCUCGGUACGUUAUUGUGUGCUUCCAGAAAUCUAAACGUGACAAUGCAGAAGCUGAUGCUACCCACUUUGAUAACACGAGCAUAGUUAGUAUCAGAUUAGCCCUCAAUGGUGAAUAUUGGCCUAAUGAGAGAAUGCAGCUGGAUUUCGCUAAACAAGACUACACCCUUGCUUACUACAACUAUACCAGGUUCUAUUCGAGCUAUUCACAUUCGACGGAGGUUCACCCAAUCUUGGAUUAUGGGGAAUUCAAACAGCAUGCAUUAUUUGUGAUUGAUUGCUCGAGGCAGGAAGAGACCAUGAAAUCAUCGACAGUUGAUAUAAAGCUUGAAAUCGAAGCCGAUAAAGGAUUCCCUGCUGACACCAAAGCCUAUUGCAUCAUCGUACAUGACGGUCUGCUAGAGUACUUCCCUCUAACGGAAGUCGUCAGAACCUUGAUUUGA